CCAGCUCAAAGAUGGCAGCCACGGGACAGAGAUGAGCGACGACCCAAAUUUAGGAGUUUUGUCAUGAAACCACAUUGGGGUGUACAGCCGUUACAUGCAUGGUUUUGACAUGACAGUGUUAUAAUUUGUCACUUCCAAUGUGUCGUUCUACGAAGACAAUUAAAGGGUUCAGAAAUAAAAUGUUUUCCUGUUGGCUAAGCUAGCAAGCAACGGUUAGCAAAUAAAUGAACUUGUCUUUUUUGCCACACAAGAAGAAAGCAGCUGCUCUGAGUACGGUGCAUUGUCAUCUUACAAGUUCAGUUUCAUCAUGGCCAUCACUCAGUUCCGACUCUUCAAGAUCUGCACAUGCCUCGCCAGCUUACUUUCUUUCUUUAAAAGGUUGAUAUGCAGGAGCGGAAGAGGGCGCAAGCUCAGUGGUGAUCAAAUAACCCUCCCAACAACAGUGGAUUUUUCAUCAUCGGUACCAAAACAGUCUGCACAGCCAGAGAUUGAAGAAUGGAGCUCUUGGGACGAAGAGGCUCCUACAAGUAUUAAGAUUGAAGGUGGCAACGGAAAUGUUUCCCCUACACCCAACGAUGUGGAUGAAGAGCCUGACUACUUUAAAGACAUGGCUCCCACCAUCAGGAAAACACAGAAGAUAGUGCUGAAGAAGAGGGAGCCUUUGAACUACCUGGUGCCUGAUGGCUCAGCAGGAUUCUCCAGCAGACUGGCAGCCUCUCAGGAUAUGAUGUCCUUCAGUCCACCCUCUGCUGAGCUUGGAGAAAUGGACAACUGGCAGGAGGACACAAAUGCCUGGGAGGACGAGUCUGAUGCUGCCUGGGAAGCAGAGGAGGUGCUCAGACAACAGAAGAUGGCUGAGAGAGAAAAGCGGUCCAUGGAGCAGCAAAGGAAGAAGAUGGAGAAAGAGGCUCAGAGGAUGAUGAAAAAGGAGCAGAAGAUUGCCGUCAAGCUCUCGUAACACUUUAGAAAUGCUCAGUUUUGAGCCAAAAGGGAUAGCGAGUGCAAAAGACACUGAAUCAAUCUUUAAUCUAUCUUUAAAGUCAUCAAACCGACCAGGAUUAUCACUGUACACUUCUUAUCUGUUAGCAAACUGUCCUCCUCCACCUUGUUUCCACCAGCAGCCAUUUUAGUCUGUUUUUUCCAGCUGCAGAAGUGUAAAACGCAUCAUUCUUCAGGGCAGAUAAAGCACCUGGUCUACUCGCUGUUCAUGUGGCAAGGUAAUUUCGGUCUUCAAGGGAGAGUGGUAUUCAUACAACCCAGUUCAUCAUAGGUUAAAGGUUAGGAAUCUGUUAGGUAGUGUAGAAAAAUGUUCUAUUUUGGUUUUUCCCAGGAACAUUUGUAAAUAAACUGGUACCUGUGCUACCUUCUGAGACUCAUUUAGGGAGUACAAUUCCUUUUCUUUGUCUUAUUUAUAACCUCAAAGGACAAAGGAGUGUAACUAAUUUUAAGCAUCACUGUAUACCAGUGACAUCCUUUGGUUUGCUUGAUUAUUGUGUUUUUAUAUUUAUGUCUGUCAUGGUCUGAAAACAGAUUUUUGUUUUCUAAUGAAUGUUGCUUGAUAUUUCAUCUUAUCUCCCUGUGCUGUGCAGCCCUUAUAACACUGGAAAUCUGCAUUAAACUGAAGGCUGAGGAUUUUCAAUACGAGUAUGAACAAAUGACCAUAGACUAGAAUCUAGCCCAACUAUAAAUGCUGUGGGUUCCUAUGGUAAUCUCAUGGCUACUGAUUCACAUUGACUUUUUUCCUUUCCUUUUUUUGCCGUGCAAAGGGAACUUUGCUCUUAAAUAGUUGAUACACUCACUGCACAGACACUGUCUUUAUAAAACAUAGAUCACCAUCACAUCAUAAUCCCUGACCAGUUUUCUUCGCCAUUAAGGAAACACAUUUGCCUCCUUUCUUGUCUGGAAAUGCAAGGCUAACGGUGUUGGAAAAAUUGGUACCACUGCCGAUCGGCAAGCUGUUGUCAUGGAAACAAUGGCAGAUAGAGAAAGGCCUUUAUAAAUUCAAAUGUGCAUACAGGAUAGAGUAUGCCUUUGGUCCAUGACUUAUGAAAAAUAAUUUGGAAAGACACUUGAAUGACAAGUUUGAUGUACUAAAUGUUACAAUAAGAAAAGCUUUGCAAGCAGUGUGAUCUCAUACUUCUAAUGAAAUAUUGAGUUAAUGUUAUCUAUCAAAUGAUUUAUUGACCCACUCAGAGAUGCUGAUACAGUUGAAACUUAAUAACAUGGCUGAUACGUGCAUGAUCGGGUUCAAGAGUUUAAUUAAAAGCAGGUGUUUAUUUGAAGGGAAUUCAGCAAACUAUCAAUGUGGAUUAGUGCUUUCUUUGGAAAUGCUCUUUUCCCAACUGUUUCCAUUGAGAAAAGCUGCAUGUUGUUUUGUUUUGUCAUUUUGCACUUUUAAUUUUUCCAAAAAUGAAUCACAGAGAACCCUUUGUUUCUCAUCUUUUUUUCCACAUUGAUGUGUAUGAGUUCAUGUUAUAAGAGUUUGUCAUGGUUGAGCACAAACAGGCACUUCCAUGGAAGUAAUAAGUCCCCAAGCUCAAUCUAGAGGGUCUGCUGUAUUAGUCCUACACAGGUUUUUAAUAAAAUAAUUUGAUUCAGGUGAA